ACCUCAAGGUAACACGCACACACACACACGCAAACACACACACACACACACACACACAAAACACACACACACACACACGCACACACACUAAACAGGUGCUGUCAACAAAUCAUCAAUCCCAUAAUUUCAUAAGUCGUUGCCACGAGCAACACUGCCUUGUUGGUGGGACCAGAGUGAGGGGAAGAGGAAUGUACCAGACUGCAAGUAAACAGAGCAUGGAAAUUCACACACACACACACACACACACACACACACACACACACACACACACACACACACACACACACACACACACACACACACACACACACACACACACACACACACACGCACACACACACACACACACAAACACACACACACACACACAAACACACACACACCCGACUGCUCCUGCUUCAUUUGGGGGAUUUCACCAGCACUUUUACAUCAGGUCUACAAAGAUUUUGGUCUCCAUGGGUGUGCUACAAAGUCACUUGGUGCUGCUGUUUGUUUUGGCUGUGGCCUCGCCAACCACGCUGUCUGACAAGGACUAUGGCGGCAUCCCCCUGUGGAUCAACCGCUUGCUCGGUGAGCCCAGCGUGCUGAGCCUAGAGGGCCGCUUGGACCAAGCCUGGUACCGCGCCAACAACCCUCAGGCGUGUCCUCGGCAGUGUGACUGCCCCAUUCAGUGGCCCACGGCGCUGUACUGCGACCACAGAAGUCUGGCUGCCGUCCCUGGGUUCCUGCCAGCCACAACUAAGUACCUGUUUCUGCAGGGAAACAACAUCUCAUCCUUGUCUUCGCCACAUCUGGCAAACAUCACUGGGCUUCGCUGGCUCAUCCUGGACCACAACCGUUUGAGAAGUGACCAGCUGGACUGGGGUUUCCUGCAAAACCAGACGCUACUGAAUUACUUCUUCGCCAACCGCAACCAGCUGAGCUCGGUGCCCAGCGGUCUGCCAGACGGUCUCAAGCAGCUCAGACUCGCCCACAACAAAAUCAGCAGCAUCGCGCCCGGUGCGCUGAAGAACUUGCAGAACCUGACGGUGCUGCUUUUGCAAGGAAACCGAUUGAAGACCAUCAAAGAAGGAGCGCUCGAUGGUCUCCUUGGUCUUCACCUGCUGGACCUCGGCGGAAAUUCCUUCUCAUUAGUCCCCAAACAUUUACCGCCCUUGGUGCAGCAGCUCUAUCUGUCCAAUAACUCCCUCUCUGGGGUCCACAAGGACAGUUUGGUGGGGUUGGUGAACCUCAGGCACCUUGGUCUAAGUCACUGUGGCCUGCAGAGCCCCCACAUCCACCCUGAGGCCUUCAACCUCUCCAGCCUGCUGGAACUGGACUUGUCUUACAAUGAGCUUGUGAGCAUACCCACAGUGCCCACCACCCUGCAGCACUUCUAUCUGGAGGCCAAUGACAUUCGAGAGCUCAACUUGACCAGUUUCUGCAGAGAAGUGGGCCCCCCAAGCUACUCAAGGUUGAAGACCCUGCGACUGGACGGCAACAGGAUGUCCUACCGAGAGCUCCCGUCUGACUGGGUCUACUGUCUGAGAGUGAUUGAAAGUAUUCACAUUUGAACACGCGUUGAUAAUAAAACCCAACAUCAUUGUCAUUCUUCAGCAUUUUUCCUGUGGGUUUCCAACUUCAACAGGGUUUUCCUUGGACACCGAGUGUGACAUGCUGUCUCAUUUCUUCAAGUAGUGGUUUAACUGAGCUGGGAGUAUAUAUGACGGACAUUUAAGAAUGGCAAAACUCAGUAGCACGCCCUGGGGAAACACUGACUCACUUGUACUAACGUCCCCGGUUGUAGAGCAGGGAUUUGAAGGUCGUCUACGAAUGUUGACCAGGGACUUGA